AUGGAGAAAUAAUAACAUUUGGAUAAUAUCAACUAGAAAUCCAAAAAAUAAUAAGUUGUUUUCAAUAAUCCUUUUUUUAAAUAAUAAGAUGAUUAAGAUGAAUAAGAGAAUUUGAUAGAGACCAAAAUUUAAUAAUUAUAAGAUGUAUAAGUAGUGAUUCCUAAAGAUCUUAAUUUAUAAAUACAACAUAAAGUUAAAAGUCAUAUUAUUGAUCAUAAAUUAAAAAACAAUUAUGAUUAUGUUAGAUUAAAAUAUAUUAUUCGUAUUUGGAGAGAACAAUCUAUAAAAUUGAAAAUAUCAGAAGAAUAAGUCAAAUAAUAAUUAUUUAAAGCAGCUAAAGAAAAUAUGAUUGAUGAUAUGAUUAAAAAUUAAAAAUAUGAAAAGCUGAGAUAAUAAUAAGAAUAAGAAAAAAUUAUCGAAGCUUAAGAAGAUGAAAAAUCUUAAAUGUUAGAAUUAGAAGAAAGAGUAAAAUAAAAAAAAUAAACAGGAACAGCUAAACCUGAAUAAUAAAUGGCUGCUCAAAGUCAAGUAGAUUCUUUUGAAUAAAAGAAUGAUUUAUUCAAAAUGCCAGAUUAAGACUUAAUAUAAUAUAUUCCAUAUUGCACAGACAUUUAUUUAGGUAAAGAUUGA